AUGGAUAACGAAGGUUCUACAAAAACUUGCACUAGGUGCCAAUGUGUUCGACCAAAUACUGAUUUUAUUGUUGGUGAAAGUGACAUUCGAAAUCGUUGUGUAGCUUGCCGUAACAAUACCUCACAGGCAAAAAAACACAAGCGACAAGAAGCUAAUAAUUCUAUAACUGAAAAAGAAAAUGCAAUUAGCUUCAUCAAUAUUGCCGAUCAUAUUUAUUAUGCACUUUUAGAAUAUAAAAAUUUGAACGAUAACCUUGAAGGACAAACCUCUUUUCAACUUCAAUUUGAUAUUGAUCUAGAUUCUAUUAAUGAAAACAUUCCAAUUGAAAUUACUAAAGAAAAAAAUCAACAUAUCGCCAAUCUAAUAGUUGAUGCAAUUAGCGAUGGUGAUGGAUAUACCUAUGUUAUUACACGAAAAGUUGAUACAUUCAAAUUACUAUGUUAUGGACGUCAACUUACAUCUUGGCGAAAAGAGUUUCAAAAGGAAUGGAAUUCUCUAGCAUCACGGCCAUGUGACCUUGGAAAAUAUUUAACAAACCAUGGAUAUUGGAUUUGUUCCUGCCCCUACUUCGCAACAAACAGGUUUUUUUUAUGCAAACAUUUGGUCGCCCCAAUUGGUUCAAAGCCAAAUGCUUUUUUUUAUCAGGUGCUUCGUAAUUCGAAAUAUCCCUUAAUUUCAUUGUCAUCGGUCAAUCCAUGGAAAGAAAUAUAUGCAAUCUGUAAUUUUUAUGAUGAUAAUAAUCAUAAAAAUCUAAUCAAUAGUGAUAAUUCCAUUACGAUUAAUGAAAUUAAUACACCUACUAUAAAUACUGCAAGUGAAAUUUAUGAAACAAGUAAUAGUUUUAUGGACGGAAUUGAACAAAAAUAUGCAAGACUACAUCAAGUUUUAAGCGAGACUUUUCAUAACCCUCAAAAAUUUCUUGAAAAUAUGGAAUCCAAACUAAGCCCGCUUGAAAAAUUCGUUAAAGAUAUUUUGCAGCAUGAAAAUAGGCAUACUUUACCACGAACUUGGAAGGAUA